GACGCAAGAUGGCAGCCACCAUGGGCUCGGGAGUAAAAGUCUCUCGCAAUUUCCGACUGUUGGAAGAACUCGAAGAAGGCCAGAAAGGAGUAGGAGAUGGCAGAGUUAGCUGGGGUCUAGAAGAUGACGAAGACAUGACACUUACAAGAUGGACAGGGAUGAUAAUUGGGCCUCCAAGAAUAAUUUAUGAGAACCGAAUAUACAGCCUUAAAAUAGAAUGUGGACCUAAAUACCCAGAAGCACCCCUCUUUGUAAGAUUUGUAACAAAAAUUAAUAUGAAUGGAGUUGAUAGUUCUAAUGGAGUGGUGAACCCAAGAGCCAUAUCAGUGCUAGCAAAAUGGCAGAAUUCAUAUAGCAUCAAAGUUGUCCUGCAAGAGCUCCGGUGCCCAACGAUGUGUAAAGAAAACAUGAAACUCCCUCAGCUGCCUGAAGGACAGUGUUACAGCAAUUAA